GCAAAUGAGGGCCCCUUCAUAACCCCCGGCCCCGCUGCUGAGCCCCGGCGGUGCCCAUUGCGGGGGGACAUGAGGACCAUGCGGGUGCUUGGGGUGACCGCGGUGCUGGGGACCCUCCUGGUCCUGGCUGUGGCUCAGAGGAGAGCCGGAGGCCGGAGCCGGUCCUGGAGCGGGCGCCCGGCACCGUUCCGGAGCUGGGAUCCGCAGCGGUACCGGCCCUGGCAGGAGGGGGCCGCGGUGCAGCCGGACUGCUGGAGAGGUGGGGACGUCACCUUCGACAUCAGCAACGAUGCUCCCACCAUGGCGGGCGCCGACGCCACGUUCUCCAUCGCCCUGCGCCUGCCCAGCACCCAGGAGCUGCUGCCCGACGGCAGCGUGGUCUGGAGCCAGAACUGCACCGUCAACGGCACCCGCGUGGCCCGCGGGGAUCCGGUGUUCCCGGACCCCCCGGAUGAAGCCAACGGCGUCUUCCCCGACGGGCGCCCGUUCCCCACCGGCGGCAAGCGCGGGAGAUUCGUCUACGUGUGGUGGACGUGGGGGCGCUACUGGCAGGUUGUGGAUGGAGCCACGUCCCAGCUGACGGUGGGCACGGCCGGGGUGCCCCUGGGCUCCUACACCAUGGAGGUUGUUGUCUACCACUACCGCGGCCGCCAGAAGUUCAUCCCCAUUGGCCGCGCCAGCUCCCAGUUCAGCAUCACCGACCAGGUCCCGUUCGCGGUGGACGUGGCGCAGGUGCCGGGUGCCGCGGACGGCGCCGGGCGCUACGUGCGGAACCGCGCGGUGUCCUUCACCGUGCGGCUGCACGACCCCAGCCGCUUCCUGCGCGACGCCGACAUCUCCUACUCGUGGGACUUCGGGGACGGCAGCGGGACCCUCAUCUCCCGCAGCGCCACCGUCACCCACACGUACCUGGAGACCGGCUCCUUCGCCGCCCGCAUGGUGCUGCAGGCAGCCAUCCCCCUCAGCCCCUGCGGCACCUCCGCCGCGCCCGUCGUGGGCCCCACCACCGGCACCUCACCCACAGCGGCACCCACACAGCCCCCAGGGAGCACACCGGGGGUGCCCAGCACCGCGCCGGCGGCAUCUGGCUCACCCACGGGGGGAUCGGCGGCCGUCACUGUGCCCUCGGACACCGCUGUUACUGUGCCGUUGGAUCCAACCAUCACUGGGGCCUUGGACCCUGUUGUCACUGAUGCCCUGGACACUGUCAUCACUGAUGCCCUGGACACUGUCAUCACUGAUGCCUUGGACCCUGUUGUCACUGAUGCCCUGGACACAGUCAUCACUGAUGCCUUGGAUGCUGCUGUCACUGAGCCCACCCUCGUGGCACUCAGCACCCCAGCAGCUGCUGCCGCAGGCACUGGUCCUGCUGCCGCUGCUGUGUCCAUGGUCCCCCUGCUCCCCACCUCGGUGGCCCCAGCUGCAGAUGCUCUGGUCACUGUAGCUGUAGACACAGAGGGAAUGGUGGCUACAGACACAGCCAUGGCUGUAUCCAUGGCUGGAGCCACGGAUGGAGCCACGGCUGGAGCCACAGAUGGAGCCACAGCUGGAGCCACGGAUGGAGCCACGGCUGGAGCCACGGAUGGAGCAACAUCUGUGCCCAUGGCUGCAUCAACGGAUGCAGCCAUGGAUACAGCCACAGAUGCUGCCACAGCUGGAGCCACAGCUGGAGCCACAGCUGCAGCCACAGCUGCAGCCACAGCUGGAGCCACAGCUGCAGCCACAGCUGCAGCCACAGCUGCAGCCACAGCCGCGCCGCUGGUGCUGGUGAAGCGCCAGGCACCGGCCGCCGAAGGCACCGGCUGCAUCCUGUACCGCUAUGGCACCUUCUCCACGCAGCUGGACAUCGUCCAGGGCAUCGAGAGCGUCUCCAUCGUGCAGGUGGUGCCGGUGGCGGCAGAGGGCGGCGAGAGCAGCGUGGAGCUGAUGGUGACGUGCGAGGGGAGCCGCCCCGAGCAGGUCUGCACGGUGGUGGCGGACGCCGAGUGCCGGGAGGCGGCGGCUCAGACGUGCUCGGCCGUGGAACCGGGACCCGGGUGUCAGCUCCUCCUGCGCCAGGACUUCAACGGCUCCGGCCUCUUCUGCCUCAACGUGUCCCUGGCAGCCGCAGGCAGCCUGGCCGUGGCCAGCACCCGGCUCAGCGUGGGGCGUGGAGGCUCUGCCUCAGCUGCCGGUACGACCACACUCAUCGUUGUGGGGCUGGUGCUCAUCGGGGCUGCCCUGGGCACAGCGGCCUGCGCCUACCAGCGUGUUCAGUACCACCCGCUGCCCCCCGCGGCCCCCCCGGCCCCCCGGCCCCGGGGCUGGCUCCCCCCCAGCUCUGCCCUGCGCCUGCUCCUGCGCCGGGCGCUGGGAGGGGGGGACCUGGGGGGGGCCCCCAGCAGCGAGAGCAGCCCCUUGCUCCACGGGAACCCUGCCUAGAGCCCCCCCACCCCGACCUGGGGGGGGGACACGGUGGUGGCGAUGGGGGGGGCGCUGUGACCCCGGUCUCGCUGCCAUCACCAUUAAAGGCUCAGCUCAGCCGGUG